AUGAAAACGAUAUUCUCCGCCCGUGAGCGAGCAUCUACGUGGCGCAAGCUCUGGCUCUGGCUAGCAGAGGCCGAGAAAGAGCUUGGAAUCAAGCAGAUCAGCGAUGAGGCGAUUGAAGCAAUCAAGGCGAACGUCACCGUGAGCGACGAGGCGUUCAAAGUUGCCGCUGUUGAAGAACGCCGUCGCAGACACGAUGUGAUGGCCCAUGUUUAUGCUCUGGAAAAGGAUGCUCCUGCGGCCGCGGGAGUUAUUCAUCUCGGAGCUACUUCGUGCUAUGUACUGCUCGGUUUCCUCGUUGCUGAAUUAUUUGCCAUUGUCACCGAUAACGCCGACUUGAUUUUUAUCCGUGAUGCGCUUGACCUGAUCCUACCAAAGCUCGCCAAAGUUAUCCACAACCUUGCUCAAUUUUCCCUCAAAUACAAGGACCUCCCGGCCCUAGGCUUCACAGUCAGUCACUACCAAGCUGCUCAGGCAAUUACACUUGGCCGACGAGGCGCCCAAUGGCUUCAAGAUCUCGUUAUGGAUCUCGAGGACAUCGAGUACGUCAGAGCUGGUCUUAAGUUCAGAGGAGCACAAGGAACCACCGGAACUCAGGCUUCCUUCAUGGAGAUUUUCCACAAUGAUGCCUCUAAAAUCGACAAAUUGAACGAGAUCCUUUGCAAGAAGGCCGGAUUCUCCAGCUGCUAUGACAUAUCUACUCAGACAUAUACUAGGAAAGUGGACUUGCGCAUUGCCAAUGCCCUUGCAGCCCUUGGAGCAACUGCUGUUCGUAUUGCAACUGAUCUUCGUCACCUUGCCCACGAUAAAGUGAUGGAAGAGCCUUUCGAGAAGGACCAAAUUGGCUCAUCUGCCAUGGCUUAUAAGCGCAACCCAAUGCGCAUUGGCAGGAAGCUUAGCAACGUAUCAGCCAACUUUUCAGAAACUUUCUCCGGCCAGUGGCUUGAAAGAACUCUGGAUGAUAGCGCAAUUCGCCGUAUCGACAUCCCUGAGAUGUUCCUCAUGGCAGAUGCCAUCCUUAUCAGUCUAGAUAACGUCACCAAUGGCCUUGUUGUAUACCCCGCCAUUGUCAACGCUCAGCUGCGGGAGGAGUUGCCGUUCAUGGCUACUGAGAACAUAAUUAUGAAGUUGUGUAGUCACGGAGUUUCCCGGCAAGAAGCCCACGAGGAGAUUCGUGUCCUUUCGCAUCAAGCCGCUCAUGUCGUCAAAAUGGAGGGUGGGAAAAAUGAUCUCAUUGAGAGAAUCAAGAAAACUGAAUUUUUCACACCAGUCUGGGGUGAGAUAGAUGGGCUCCUUGACCCUAAGCUAUUUAUUGGCCGAUCUCCCGAAAUUGUUGAGAGAUAUGCUGGAGCAGGAGGACCUGUCGAGAAAAAAUUGGAGAAAUAUAAGGGAUAUAUUAUGUCCACAGCUACCGCUGAGCUGUCUGUUUAG